GCAUCGUUAACCCUCACAGAAGCGCAGGUUGAGCUGAUCAACUCCCUGCCGCAAGACGAUAUCCCCGCAAAACUUCGAUGCGCCAUUUGCAGCAAGCUCGCGAUCAACGCUUUCCGCUUGCCGUGCUGCGAGCAGGCCAUCUGCGAGAGCUGCCAAUCUACGCUACCCGCGUCUUGUCCCGUCUGCGAGCAUUCGCCCCUGUCAGCCGACGACUGCAAGCCCCACAAGGCGCUACGCACUACGAUCAAGGUGUUUCUGCGGACCGAGGAGAAGAAGCGGGAGUCCAAUAGGCCCAAAGGUGCCGCUCCUACCCCGAUUACCCCGGUUGAUCCCAGCCCGGUCACUGCUGCUGCGCCUGCUAUCCCGGAGCGACCGUUGAGCGGAGAAGCAACUCAGGCUGGAGAGGAUCGACAGGCCCCAGUGGGCGAACCCUCGGCUGAU